AUGGCGAGUCUCGAUGAGGCCAACCGCUUGGCUGUUGAGGGCGACCUGGCUCGGGCCCUUGAGCAGUACACCACCCUGAUCGAUGAGGAUGACACCAAUGCUGAGCUCCUGCUGAAGCGCGCCAGCGUCUAUUCUUCCAGCCACAAAUUCACGGAGGCACUGCAAGACGUCAAAUCAGCGUGUGCUGCUGCCCCUAAAGACCCACGCUGCUUUGCCCAGUUGGCUAAACUGUACGAGCAGAUGAAGCAACCAAAGGCCGCGCUUGAAGCCUACGCCUCGUACACGGCUGCAGGAGGCGAUGUGCAAGCUAUUCAAGAGGGACUACGACGCUGCCAGCAACAGGCAGGCGUCGAUUCUGCCCCGCAGGUGCCCCCGCCGACCACCUUCCAGCCCAACGCCCAGGCUGCACCGAAACAGGAUUGGUAUCAG